CUUGUUAAUCUGUCACCCACUUUAAAUAUUACGCCUAACAUCUGGAUGGUGCUCACUUUAGUUCGUGUUUAUAGAUGAUACAAUAGUAAGGUAACAGCAAAUAGUUUCAGUCUUUGAUUCAGGUCACAUGAUUCGUGUCAUAUGACAUCGAUGAGCCCUCGAAAGAGCAGAAAUCUUCCACAGUUGCCAGUAAUACACUCUCUUACCAAUGCUGCCGUCUACCGUGAUGAGUUCAGAUGGCUGAGCAGAUGUGGGGACUCCUGAAGUAAAGCUCUGGAUCAUGGAGAGUUUGGGAGUUUUGUCCGUUCUCGCCACCGCUUGUGUUUUGGGAGUGGUGACGAGUCAGACAACACUCAGUCCUGCUGUGACGAUCACUACAGUCAGUGCAAACAUGAGCUCUGCUGCUCCCAGCACUACAGCGCUCAGCUGCUCCGGCCUCAACACUUCCACCUGCGCUGCCUGCGCUCCUGGCUCUUAUUAUGAUAAUGGAACUCUGUUGUGUUCUUGCUGUCCUGAGGCCGGCCUCUGUGUGUUACCUGGAGCCUGUCUUCUGUGUGUCCAGGGUUUCUAUCAGCCUCAAGCAGGACAGCAGGGCUGUCUGCCCUGUUUAUCUGGGUUUUACAGCAAUUCCACUGGAAGCCCUGUCUGCCAGCCAUGUCCUACUGGGUCCUACAGCAGUAACACAGGCUCUGCCUCCUGUACAGCCUGUGCACCAGGUUUCUACACAUCUUUGCAAAAUUCAACAUCAUGUAACCCAUGUCCACAAGGCACGUACUGCAAUUCCUCCAGCUGUACUCAGUGCCGGGUCUGUCCUGCAGGCUCAGAGGCUCUACAGACCGCUUCCAAACAAUGUACACCUUGUCGCCCAGGAAUGCACAAGCCUGCCCAUCAAACCAUGUGUCAGAUUUGCAGCAGUGGUUUCUAUCAGAUCCACUGGGGCCAGGAGAACUGUGACCUUUGUCCUGAAAACCACUACUGCCCUAGUCCUGAUGUAAAUCCGAUCCAGUGUCCCACUGAUGCGUUCUGUCCUGAGGGCAGCACUGUCCCUGGUUACUGCAUGGAGACCUUCUUCAGAAAAGCAGGGGAGACGUGUGAACUUUCUCCUGUUACCAUUGCACUGCUUGUUAUUGGAGGAGGAGUGAGUCUUCUCUUCAUCAUCAUCUUGGUUGUGCGGAGGAGAAGAGAUGAUGACAGCGAGCUUUCCCUUGCCCGGACGCCCCUCCUGCGAAAAGACCGCCCACCUGGUCGCUUCUAUGGAAUCCCUUGUGAUGCUGAGCCUGUUUAUGCAGGCUGGUGACAUUACCAUGUGCAUAGCUGCACACAUUUUGUCUGAAAGUUUCUAUUUAGAACUUAGAACUGUUCUGUGCUUUAUAUUGGUAAGAUACUAUUAAAUAUUUAAUGAAUGAAGAUGCACUUUUCUGCAUUCCAUUUUUAAAACCGGUUUACUACUGACUGUGUUGUGAAGUUACAUCUCUUUUGAUUCGGACUUCUUUUCAAGUCUGUAAUGUAUGAGAAACCAUUCAGUAUUUUGGGGCGGGGAUGUUUUCUUUUGUAUAAAUAUGUUAAGCCACGGCACUGAAAGAAUGUUGGACUAAAUUGUGCUGGAUUAUGCUUAUUUUGUUCACGGAUGUGUUUAUUUUUUUUGGUACCACUACGUUUGUCUACCUAAGGUCCUGCAGGUAUAUUGUAUUAUAUAAAUUUGCAGUAUUUCUUGUAUUUAACAUGUGAUGUGUCUCAUAUUCAUUUUAAAACUGAAUAUUUUGGACAAUUUCCAAGGUUGUAAACGGGAAUAAACAGCUUUUCGCAAGUUUGAUA